AUGCAUGUCUCGGGCCUCGUCUAUAGUAAUCGGUCGGCACCGACUGUUCAUCAGUUAAGACCAGUAGUGGUCGGUUAUGGUAGUAGUGGUCAGUCAUGGUCAGCAGUGAUCAGUUAUGAUUUUGUUUGUUCACUCGAGGACAUCGAGAACACCCAUUGUAUCGGGCCUAAGGACUGUCUGUAUCCACACCCAAAGGAAUGCAAUAAAUUCAUUCGCUGUGAGGUAAGCACCGAUGGAGUGACUGGUGAGCCUACUGUGAAAGACUGUCCGGCGGGGUUAGAGUGGAACGAUAACAAAAAGGAGUGCGAUUGGCCCAUACAUUCUACCUGUCCCAGGGAGCCAUCAACAAAACCUCCAACACAAUCCCCGACUCAAAAACCCCAACCGACACCACAACCACCUGAAUCUGCACAUCAAUGUCUACUGAGAAUUAAUAUGGAAGUAGCCGAGUGUUCCCAAAAUGUUGAGAUACCUGAUCAUUCUGCUCAACAAUUUGAUUGCUGUAAAAUAUGGAUCCAAUACGAAUGUUCUAUACAAUUGUCCCAGAGGUGGGUAUCGGAUACCGUUUUUGUGACCUACAAUAUCUACAAUACUAAAAUCUUAACGGUUCCAGACCAUUUAGCAUGGCAUAUGAUAUAUCGUUGGAAUCAGCUCAACUAG